AAUUUUUCUCCUUUAUCUUAAAUUUCAUUUACCUUCAAGAGUGAUGGAAAGUGUCCAAUUACUCAUGUUGUUGAAAUGUUCUAUUGUUCUUGCACUUAUUUUUGCCUGUCAUGGAUUUCUGUCCGUACAGGGAAGGCCCAUCAAACGAAGCUUCAAUAAGAAUGAUAAUAUUAUUGGAGCCAACGAUGAAACAAAAACGACAGAGAUAGUUGGCCAAGUUAUCCCUGGUGGAGGGCUCCAAGUCCAAUCCAUUCCCUCAGAUGUUGAGACUCCUCCAGCUUCAGCAGCCAACCACUUCUCAGACGCCUUUCGACCAGCGAACCCAGGUGAGCACCCCGGGCCAGGAGUGCGAGCUUCCACUAAGACUACUAUUGCAAACGACAAUAAUAAUGGUGUUGUGAAACCGAACAAACAAAACGACGAACGACAUUUCGUUUCGGGUGACAAAGAGGAUUUUCGUCCCACAGCGCCGGGACACAGCCCUGGAGCUGGCCAUUCUCUUGGAAAUAAUUAAUCAGGUGGACGACGUGCACUGUCGUGUCGUCCAUGGAUUAUGCAUGAAAAAUAAUAUCACCAUGACACAGGUUCAUCUAAAAAUAAGUACAAAUUAGUAUUACUAUUAUAUUGAAACUAUGAUUAUUUUUAUUAGUCUAAGGUAAAAUUGCUUCAAAUGUCUAAGUGAUCACUAGCUAUGUAUAAUGUAAUAUAUAUGUACGUAAGUUGUCUAUAUGCUU